AUGAAGACUAAUCAAAAGAUUCUCAUCAGUAUUGUGCUCGUACUAACUGGUUUUCAAAUCGCCACUUUAGUAUGUCGUCUCAUCUAUCGUUCCAUUGAAGAAUCAAUUGUUUCUCAAAUGGAUUAUCAUGUAACAACAUCUUUCUCUCCAUCCUCAAAAGAAUAUAUGGAAUAUAUGAUUUUCAGAAAUAGUACUCUCACCACAGACCAAGCUGGAAUUUCAUUUGCAUCCAUCAUUACCAUGCAUGUGGUUGGAAGCAUUGAAGCAUUCACCAGUUUGACUUGUGUGGCCAUCUUGUUGUUAAUCAUUUCAUUCGUUUCGAAUGUGUUUCUCAAUAUUGUGGUGACUAAUGAUGCGAACAGAAAAACCUAUCGAAUUGGACUCAUUGCAGUGAAUGUAUUAACUACCAUUUUCCUCAUUUCACUCAUGAUUGUCAUCCUUUUGAUUGCUGCCACGAACGGGCCUAUCCGAUACAAGAUCAUUCCAGACAUUCGCUUUCCAAUUUAUUUAGCUGCCUUGUUGGUUGUGGUGUUGCAAUUGGUUGUACAAAUUUUCAUUUCUUCGAUUUCUGCUGGAUUAGUAAUGGUCGUCAUCAAGAAAUUAUCCCAUCACCAGAAUUCUCAAGGAGCCAAUCGAUCCUUCGUUAAGGUCAUUAUUUUGCAAGGAAUGUUAAUUGUGUUUACUUCAAUCUUUUUAUUGGCCAUCGUCAUUGAGAUGUUAACGGUGUUUUGGACCUACAAUUACAUCAUCUUUGAUGUGCUCAACAACAUGUCCAUUCUCAUGUUUUUAUUGGCCACUAUCAUCAUGUACUUUCCUCUCUUCAACAAGGAUCAUCCGCAUUUUCAUCAACAACACCAACAACAGCACCACAAACCAAUCGAAGAGAACAAGAAUGACAAACACCAUUCCCUCAAAUCUCCACGAGGUUCUUCACCAACCACAACAACCACGACUCAAACUCCACCCAACAGUACAAUGGAUAUCGAGUACCAUGGUAUGGAGUCAGAAUUGAAAGUGUAG